AUUUUUUGGUGUGAUGUUCAUCACUUUAGGGGUCAUAGGAAUCUGUGUCAAGUGGAAAGAUGAAUUGCCAACUGUUCUUCUUUCACUUCAGGCCACAGCUCCUUUCUUGCAGUUUGGUGCUGUUGGGGCGUUGACCCUGCUGUGCUCGUUCGUCUUCCAGGGCUUCCACACUGCCAGGAAACAAUGGUCUAAGUUCCUGAUUGCAGUGAUAUUUGUAGUGGUGUCAGCAGCCAUCUUCCUGUGUCCCCUGAAGAUCGAGUCUCCUUGUCUGAUAGAGAAGCAUGAAUUACCUGAUAAACCAAAGCUUAUUGGUCACCGUGGCGCACCAAUGCUGGCCCCAGAGAACACCAUGAUGUCGUUCAACAGGAGCAUCGCGUGCGGCGUGACAGCCUUUGAGACAGACGUACAGCUCAGUAAAGACAGAAUUCCCUUCUUGAUGCAUGACCAUAGUACUUCGUUCUUACGGAGAACGACAAACGUUAUUGAGAAGUUCCCUGGCAAAGACUUCAGCCACAGCACCAACCUCACCUGGGAGGAAUUACAGAGUCUGAAUGCAGGUGAAUGGUUCCUAAAGACAGAUCCUUUCUCUUCAGUGUCCAAGCUCUCAGAAGAGGAGAUGGAAACAGCCAGGAAUCAGACUAUUCCCUCUUUACUUCAGCUCCUCAACCUCGCCAAGCAGCACAACAUCUCAGUGAUAUUUGACCUAUAUAGUCCCAACCAGAAAGAUGACACAGUGGACACAGUCAACACCACCUUGAGUUCUGGCAUUGACCCAAGCCUGGUUCUCUGGCUUCCUCCAGCAGAAAGAAAAUAUGUAAAAAGGACUGCUCCAGGCUUCAUCCAGGUCUAUAACAACGCAAAUGAUAUGGAAGGGGGGAACCACCUAAAUAUGAAAUACAACAACUUAAGUGUGAAAGAAAUCAGGGAGCUUCGGAGCAGGAAUGUUACGGUGAACCUGUGGGUGGUUAAUGAGCGUUGGCUCUUUUCUCUGCUGUGGUGUGCGGGGGCCAGCUCUGUUACCACCAACUCCUGCCACCUCCUAAAAGACAUGGACCAUCCUCACUGGUUGAUGCCGCCUCUUACUUACAAAAUAAUAUGGAUUACAUUGGACAUUGUAUCUAUUCUGAUAAUGACUGGACUCUACAUCUUUCAGUGGAAAUCACACCGUUUCUGUUGCAGAGAAGGGACAGAGAGGCAAAGAAACGAUACUUUAGCCUGGACUGAGAAAGAAUUGUCUCCCUUCUUACCCACCGGGUAGCUCGCCCAACUCCGGCAGUAGAUUCUUCUGCCCCGAAACUGACGUACAUUCUUGUCCGCACUGCCAGAAUGGUUUGGACCUAAAUCAGGAAGAAAGCAAGCUAAUGUGAAUAACCACUGUAUUCCAAAGCCAUGAAAUAAGAAUGUUGUUUCAGAGGUUAUACUGUAUGGUAACCAAAUAUUGGCACUAUGUCCCUGGAUUGUGGUUUUACUUUUUGUGUCUUUCUAAGUAUAGCUGGUUAACUGGGUUUUUGAUCAUUCUUCUGUUACUGAAAAUAUGAAACUUUUCUCUGAUUGUAUCACUGCAACGUGCACUGUAGGUCUGCACUGGAUUUCCUCUUGGCAUUUUAUUGUGUUUUUUUCUGAUGUUGCUUUUGUGCUUUUCUGUUACAAAACUUUUUUUUCAU